AACUAAUUAAAGAAAAUAAUACUUCUUAUAUUUAAUUAGAGAUACUUUCAUAAAAGAAGUAAAAUAAUUGAGAAUUUUAAAUCAUAAUAGCAUUUUUUCAUAAAAAAUAAAAAUCGCUUAAAAAAAUGAUACAAAAGUAAAUAAAAUUUCGCAAGCUUGAAGAUUUUCUAAAAUCUUAAUUAAAUUCUCACACUCAUCUUGAAUUAGAUAUGCAAAGUUAUGAUUAUGAGGAUUAUUGCUCUUUGUUUAUUGUGCCUGAGGAGUUUGAAAUAAAUGAGGAAGAAUUAUAGAGUCUAUGCUCUGCUUUGGCUAAUUGCUCUAAUCUCCAAAAUCUCACACUUUAUUUAGGUGUCAAUUGGAUUUAAGAUUCGGGUGUAUUAUAGUUAGGCUCUGCAUUAUCAAGUUGUAAGAACCUAAUGGAUUUGACUCUUUGUCUUGAAGGAAAUGGCAUAAAACCAUAGGGAGCUAAGGAUUUAGGUCUAGCUUUAACAAAUUGUCCUAAACUAUAAUCUUUAACUAUUCAGCUUUCAGUUGAUUACGAAGAUCUUUGCAUUUCUAAUGAAAUCGGGGAAUUUGGAGCUUUCUAGAUAGGAUCAAAUUUAGCAAAAUGUGCUAAUUUAUAGAUUUUGACACUUGAUCUUAAUUACAAAGAAAUUGGCUGUGAGGGUACAUAUAGAUUAUGUUUAGCUUUGUCAAAAUGUCUCUAGCUUAAAGUUUUGAGAAUGUAUCUUUCUUAUUAAUAAGCCAGACCUGGGGAUUCACAAUCAAAGCUGAGAAUAUAAUAAUCCAGUAGUAAGCUGAAUAAAAUCAAAAAUUUAGUUUUAAAGUAAACAAGUUUUUGAUGAAUAGAUAGACCAGGCUAAGAGUUGAUAUAAUUGAUUGUAAUUGCUAAUUGAAAUAAUUUAUACAUUAUUUGAAAAAAAAUUCAGCAAAAUUAAUCUACCUAUCUAUCUAUCUAUCUAUCUAUCUAUCUAUCUAUUUUUACUGCUAUUUUGCAUUCUAAAUUGAAAACUUUAAAAU